UCACCCUCUGUCCUGUCUCUUCUGUCUCCCAGUGUUCCCCAGUCAGCUGCAGGUGCACAUGGUACUGGAGCUCUGCCCUGUUCUUGGGGACCACACAUACUCUGCCCGCGUGGGCAGUGUGCUGGGCCAGCGCUUUCUGCUGCCAGCUGACAGCACCAAGACCCAAAGACAGGUCCUUGACGAAGCCCUCCUCAGACGCCUCCGCCUGAGCCCCUCCCAGGCUGCCGAGCUGCCCUUGCACCUCCACCUGCAUCGUCUCCACCUCCCCGGUGCCAGGCCCAGGGACGCCCCCAUCGAGCUUCUGGCACCCCUGCCCCCUUAUUUCUGCAGGACCCUGCAGUGCCUGGGACUUCGGCAGCAGUAGUCCUUCUGUUCUUGCCCUUC